AUGACUUUAAAGAAAGCUUUCAGUUUUCCUGAUGUGGAAGGAUUGUACCUCCUGACCGACGGGAAGCCAGACACAAGCUGCAGCCUUGUUCUCAGUGAAGUCCGGAGACUCAAGGAGACGAGAGACGUGAGAGUGCACACCAUUUCCCUGAACAGCUCGGGCAGGACGGCGGUUCACUUCCUGAGAGAUCUGGCCUCCCUCACUGGGGGGCGCUAUCACUGCCCCGCUGGGGAGGACUCACUCUUCAAAAUCCGUGGCCUGCUGACCAGGGGCUUCAUCCACCAAACGGACCCUGGGUUGCCACUGUUUGAAGGAGACGAUUUAAGGAGAUUGGCCCAGGAGAUCACCAAGGCCAGAAGCUUCCUUGGGCAGGCCCAGGCCCUCAGGACCCAACUCCAGAAGAAAAACAGCACAGAACCAAAGGUUGCUUCUCCGUAGCGAAGUGUUCUCAGUCACAAGUCUGUCACUGGCUGGGAAGUCCUGUACCAAGUCCCCUGCUUAGAACAUCCUUCUGCCACCCUCUGCCUAGUGACUCCUUCUCAUCCAUCAAGGCACAGCACAAAUGGCAUCAGCUCCACUGUGACGAUGUCCCUGGGACCCAUCAAGAGCUGAGAGCCUCCGGCCUUCCUCCCAUGGCAUCCUGACCACACACCCCUCCUUAGAGAGGUGACACUAACCCUAGCACUCCACAGCAUGCUUCCUUGCUCCCUUGUCCAGCUCUUCUCCUUGACGAUGAGCUCCCUCAAGAUGAGGCUGGUGUCCUAACCAUCUCUGGGUCCCCAGAACCUGCCAUGUGGCAGACACGUAGUAAACAGUGGGCAUGCAGCUUAAUUGUGAGAGUCCAGUUCUGGAAACCUGCCAGGUGGGAUUGUUUCUGCCCUGGUCCUCUUGUUCUGUGCUCCCCCACCACCCUGGUCCAUGUGGGAAAUGCAGAGUCACCGUCAGCCCAUCUUGGAGGAAGAAGAAAGACAUGAGCCUCACCACCCCCAGCCCCUUCCCCCACCACUGCUCAAACUGAACUGAAAUCUGCUCUGGAGUCUAGUCCAGAGCAAAUGCUCAGCUCAAGAAUGUGUAAAUCGAACUGGAUCUGCUGGGCUGCCCCACUGUGCACAUAUGAAAUGCAUAUGUCAUGUAUCAUGUCAUCUAGGGUCACUUCUAAGAUAGGAAAAAUUGCUUUUAUUUGAUUAAUAGGAUCAAAGUUACUUAUAAACUGAUGUGACCAUUGGUAUAUGUGUGUGUCUCUGUGUACGUAAACUUUUGGUGAGAUAAAACUU